AUGCACUUCAAAUUCAACCAACAGGUCAAUGCAGAUCGUCACAUGGCACGGCAUAGACAAAAAGACGAAGAGGCUGGAGGUGAAGGUCUUGGUCAUGUUGAAACUCGCAAGAAAUUAUGGUGCGACGACGAUGGCAACAUCGUUCAGCAACGACCCUUGACGCAGUCCGCACUUUCGGAGCAGCAACAAGAUCAUGCACAACAGCACGAGGCCAUCUUCGACGACCACUACGAUGACCUAAGCAAUCUAGAACCUGGUCUGAUGCCUAUAUCCCCACCAGCCUCGUCACGGAGCAACGAGCUACAAAACUUGGGGGAGCUUGAUCGUAACAUGGACGUGGACACUUUCAUCGAGAAAUAUGACGAUGCAGUCUUCACUAACUUCCUGGCAAAUUCUGCUUGGGGCGAUCAGAAAUCCGAGGCCGAUGGGCUGAAAAAAUGGUCCUUUGACAACUUGUUCAAGCCGGAUACCGCUAGCUCGUUCAACAUGCCGUUCACCACAAUGAGUAACUAUAAUUGGCUCUUCGAGACUAGCAAUGUCGACCCAUGUUCUCUUGUCAUAGGAAGUCCACGAGAUAUGCAAAUACCACUACCACCACCAAUACAGUCCUCUAACAAUGGUUCGGAAUUUCCGGAGAGCCUAAACCAGCAAGUAGUGGCACGGGGUCUACAGCAACCUGGAAAUCUAUAUUUACAAGGUCAUACGAGCAUUACGCGGGGUAGGCAUACUCAACGAGAUCAAGGUUCAAGCCAAGGCAUUGGUACGACCGAGAAGCAGACCGAAUCAAACCAACCAGUGGGAGAGUUGGUCAACCAUGAGAGUGCUCCUUCACCGUCCUCUUUUUCAGCAUUCUCUGGGAAUGACAAAAGUCCUCACAACUCCGCUGUCUUCAACGACAAUAUCUUUGAAGAAAAUGAAACAGUUCCGUCUGCAGGUAGGCCAAUGAUAACUGCACUGACACGACAAAAGCUUUUAGACUGGAUCAUAAGUGCUAAACCUACUACUCCCGAAGGCAAUCUCAUUUCACAAGAUCACCCGCUACUGAAAAUAUUGGCCUUACAGUCGUACUGCGAUGCUUUCUUCGACCACUUCAACACAGCAUAUCCGCUCAUUCACCGAGCCUUAUUCGAUCCAGAACAAGUCGACACUUCGUUCUUGCUCUCAGUUCUACUGAUAGGAGCCACAUACAUGGAUAAGACGGCUCAUAUUCUUGCUGUUUGCAUCCACGAUGUGAUGAGAGCACAGAUCUUUUCUCAUCACGCCUUUUCCGCGACACCACAACUGUGGAUGCUGCAAACGAUAUUGCUUGUAGAGUGUUUUGGCAAGUCGCGCGCUGGACAAAAGCAGCACGAUAUGGCACAUCUUUUUCAUGGUUUGCUAAUCAAUCUCAUACGCCGCAGUGACUGUCAGACAGUCAUUGCACCAGAUCGCAACCCACACCCUCGCAAUCUUGAGGCACAGUGGAGGUUCGCUAUGGAUGUUGAACAGCGCAAGAGAGUGGCCUUCUUGUGUUUCAUGUGGGAUACACAGCAUGCAGUCCUAUUUUCCCAAUCACUAUGUAUGUCUGCUUUUGAGCUGAGAUCUACGUUGCCAUGCGACACAGCAUCCUGGGACGCUUCGAAUGCCCGGGAAUGGUGGCAAACGGCUAGACAUGAGCAGCCCAAGCUAUUCCUACCCGUCCUCAAGUCAUACAUGACCUCUGAACCACAAUCCAUUGAUCUCAAUUCCACAUCCAGACUACUGAUUCUGCAUGGCUUGAUGUCUAUAUCGUGGGACAUGCGGAGGCGCGAACAAACGUCCUUAGGUGUCGUCAACAAAGAGAGCGAUUGGCGUGCUCGAAUUGGCCAAGCAUACGAUAUAUGGAAAGCAGACUUUGAUACCUUUUGCAUGAACGAGUCAUCGGACCUGUGGAAUGACUAUGAUGCAAAGGCAGCUUUCACGCAAUUUGCAGUCACAACAACGGCGAUUUAUCACGCAGCACACAUUAUACUGAAUGCCGACGUCCUGGACUUGCAGAUCAACGCUGGUGCGAGACAUAUCAUUGGACGACCUGUCAAUGAAGCCGAUCGUCAACGCUCCGGGCAGGCAAUCGAGAAAUGGUUAGGCCUUACAUCGGCCUCGGCAGCUACAGCUGCUUGGCAUGCUGCACAUCUGCUUCGUGCCAGCAUACUGCAGCACAAUGGCUCCGAUACUGGCAAUACGUUCCACUACCCUUGGUGCUUGUAUCUCGCGACUUUGGCUAUCUGGACUUUUCAUGCUCAAGACAGUAGCUUGAGGGCACAUUCGCUGGCGAAAACGGGAAAACAAUCGGAUGCGGCAGAGAUGAAUGCGCUCAUCAGUAGCAUGAGCAAUGUUCCAACUGAUAAGCUCAGGCAGACCACAAACAAAUACUCGACACACGGGCUACUCCAGACAAUGACUAAACGUCUAGGGAAUGUUAGAUGGGCAGUGAUACAUGAGGCGGUGAAAGUGCUACAGAAACUUGUCACCAUAGAUCACGAGGAUCAAAGAUGA